AUGACACAUUUUGGUUUUCAACAAGUGCCUGAGAAGGAUAAAGAGCGAAUGGUGGCGUCUGUUUUCCAUAAUGUCGCUGAACGAUAUGACGUGAUGAAUGAUUUCAUGAGUGGUGGUAUGCACCGUGUGUGGAAGGAUUCAUUUGUAGAGACGUUACAUCCUGUAGGUCCGUUGAAAUGUCUGGAUGUGGCUGGAGGCACUGGAGAUAUUGCGUUUCGUAUAGCUGAGCAUAUAUCCAAGACUUCUAGUGGCACUGAAGGAUCACAGAUUACCGUAUGUGACAUCAACUCGUCCAUGCUUCAGGUAGGAAAAGAACGUGUAGCAAACGUUUUGCCACACGUAGACCCGUCGCUCUUCCACUGGGUUGAGGGCAAUGCCGAACAUUUGGAGUUUGAGAGCAACUCUUUUGACGUCUAUACUAUCGUCUUUGGUAUCCGUAACGUUACUCACGUUGAUCGAGCAAUUCAAGAAGCUUACAGAGUACUCAAGCCUGGAGGUCGCUUCAUGUGCAUGGAGUUUAGCCAAGUGCCUAACCCGAUCAUUCGUCAACUCUACGACGCUUAUUCCUUCAAUGUGAUCCCGUUGUUAGGAGAAAAGGUCGCGAACGACCGUGCAUCAUACCAGUACUUGGUUGAAAGUAUCCGUCGAUUUUUACCUCAGGAGAAGUUUAAAGCGAUGAUAGCGGACGCUGGCUUCACCCACGUGACUUACACGAAUUUCACUUUCGGUGUUACGGCCAUGCACUCUGGCUACAAGUUCUAA